AUGUUUAUUCAUAUACCAGCAAAAGACUUGUAUGUUAGUGAACCUGAUCCUCGAUAUUUUGGUAAUCCCUAAAACGAUGAUGCAAAGGUUAAUUGGUUAAAGAGUAGAUUCCAUUUUAGUUUUGCAGGUAUUAAUUACUAAAAAUUCAAGAAUACCGUGAUCCAUAAAAUUAAUCAUUUGGAGUAUUGAGAGUAAUGAAUGAUGACUUAGUUUAACCUAAUAGAGGAUUUGGAGAGCAUCCUCAUUCAAAUAUGGAGAUUGUAAGUUACAUUGUUUAAGGAGAAUUAACACAUGGAGAUUCAAAAGGAAAUAAAGAAUCACUUGGAAGAGGAUCAGCAUAAUAUAUGAGUGCAGGAUCAGGAGUAUACCAUUCGGAAUUUAAUUUAUCAAAAAAAGAAGCUUGUAGAUUCAUAUAAAUUUGGAUUUUGCCAAGACAAACUAAUACAAAAGUUUAAUACAAAAGUUAUAGAGGCUAAAAUGGUUAAGCUGAUAAUAAAUGGUUUCAUUUAGUUGGAGAUUUAUAAGAAAAUUCAUUAGCUCCUGCUAAAAUUAAUCAAGAUGCUAAUAUUUGGAUUAACGAAUUUACAACAGAAUAAAGAUUUGAAGUAUUACUAUAUUAAUAAAUUAUAGAUCAAAGAGGGUAGAUAAGCUUAUCUUUUAUGUGUUGAAGGUUCGUUUGAAUUGAAUAUUGAUUCAUGUUUACCUUUACAAGAUGUCAAAAGCUAAUUAGUAAAUUAGCAUGAUGGAGUAAAAGUAUUCAAAAGCAUAGUUCUCAAACCAAAAGGCAAAGCUCAUGUCUUAUUGAUUGAGAUGAAAAAGUGA